GAUGCAGACAGUUGACGCUUCGGCGCGUGUGGUACUGUGUUUGUAGAGUGGUGCUCAUAAUAUUUGCGUUUGUUUACAUCAGUCAGUGAAUAAGUGGAUUUUUAAAAACAUCAUUUGGAUACUUCAAUUCAGAGGAGCGGCCUGCCCGGCGAGAGACACGGCGGAGCAGUGGCGCGGACCACGAGGGGGAGUGAGUGCCUUCUCGCGUUUCCCCGGCGGAGUCGUGCGGCACCCGGGGGACCGCCACCCUCGUCUGCGGACACGCACGUCGCGCGCUCUCGCCCCGCGGCGUCUUCCGACCGUCCCUUCCCUCUCUUCUUCUUCUUUCCCUCCGCGACGUCUUCAUCGACCUGCGUCGAGGUAAGCCUCCUCGGCCCGACGUCUCUUCUUUCCCCCCCCGGGGGGGAAGAGGCCUUCCGUAACCGCCGACGAGGGCUUGUCGCGGGUUCAGGAGGCACUUCAGGAGCGAGGCGCUCCCCACCCCUCAUCUCCCGCGACACCUCCCCUCCUCCAUCCCCCCCACUCCGGCGGCGUCGCGGCCACUCGCGCGCCUCAGUAGCCGAGGCGCCGGCGGCCCGUGCGGGUGCGCGUGUCUCGCUCGCUCGUCGGCGCUGGUUCCGCUCUGAAUGGCAGCCGGCCCGCGGGAAGUGACGUCCCCAUCAGGGGGCCCAUGAGAUCCGCGAGGUCGCGCGCCCUGAAGGACAUGGCCGUCAAGGUCCGGGUGAAGAGGUGAAGAGGCGUGCGAGCCACGUGACUAGGUGCGUGCGUGUGUGUGCGCGUGCGUGAGCAUGAGCCGCAGGGCGCCGGAGCGCGGCCCGCUCAUGGCGGACUACGUGGACCCGGCCUUCGUGAGGGCGCUGUGCCGCGACCCGGAGCGCCGCACGCUGCAGGACCUGCAGAUCAUCUACUACGGCCUGCAGGGCACGGAGGCGCUGUCCCCCUACAGAGACUCGGUGCUGCGCGCUCUCUGCAAGACGGUGCGCUACGAGCGCCACGAGGCCAACGACGUCCUCUACUACACGGGCGAGCUGUCCUCCUGCUGGUACAUCCUGCUGUCCGGCUCCGUGUUCAUCGAUGGCUCCAUGUUCCUGCCGCGCUCCAGUUUCGGCAAGAGGACCGGGGGCAGCGCCCGUCGCCCCAACGAGUGCUUCGUGUUGGAGCCUUCCGAAAUGAUCGUGAUAGACUACCCUGAAGUGCAGGCGGCGCGCACCAACAGGACCACAAUCACACCCGCCAGCAUGGAGAGAGGCGGCGGCGUCAGUCUGGUGUUUGAAGACUCUUUCUCGCCGGCGCUGACGGGGCGGCCCGAGCUGUACGUCAAGUCUAACCGCUCGUCGCACUCGUCGGACACCAGCUCGGCCUACAGCGGCUCCGACACCAUGGCCAGCGUGCAGAGCUCGCUGGACGCAGAGGAGGUGGACCUGUCGGGCCUCAUGGAGUCCAUCGUCGACUCCGACGAGGACGACGAGCUGGCGGAGAGCAUAGAGAGCCUGACCGUGCGAGACACGGUGCGCGAGUGUCUGGAGAAGGACCCGUCGGAGCGGACCAAGGACGACGUGGAGACGCUCCUGGAGUUCACGCAGCACCUCAAGGCGUUCACCAACAUGACGCUGGCCGUGCGCCGAGCCCUGUGCAGCGUCAUGGUGUUUGCCGUGGUGGAGAGCGCCGGCACCGAGGUCAUGAACGACGGCGAGGAGCUGGACUCCUGGAGCGUGCUCAUCAACGGCCACGUGGAGGUGGCGCACCCCAGCGGCAAGACGGAGCAGCUGCACGUCGGCGACAGCUUCGGCAUCCAGCCGACGAUGGAGAAGCUGUACCACCGCGGCGUGAUGCGCACGUGCUGCGACGACUGCCAGUUCGUGUGCAUCACACAGAACGACUACUACCGCAUCCUGCACCAGGGCGAGGAGAACAUCCGGCGGCACGAGGAGGGCGGGCGCGUGGUGCUGGUGACGGAGCUGCGCGGCGAGCGACAGGUCGUCAUACGGGGCUCAGCAGAAAGGCUGAUGUUGCAGCUGAUUGAAGAGAACUCAAUAAUAGAAUCUACUUACGUAGAAGACUUUCUCCUCACUCAUAGAACGUUUAUUGACAGUCCGUUACAUGUGGCGAAUCAACUCUUACAGUGGUUCAACGAGGCGAACAUCAGGGACCGGGUGACGCGCGUCGUGCUGCUGUGGGUGAACAACCACUUCACGGACUUUGAGACGGACCCGAGCAUGAUGGAGUUCCUGGAGGCGUUCGAGGCCGGGCUGGAGCGCGAGCGCAUGCAGGGCCAGCUGAGGCUGCUGAACAUCGCCUGCGCGGCCAAGGCCCGCGCGCGCAACGUCACGCUCACCCGGCCCUCGCGCGACGAGCUGCUGCAGUUCACCGUGCUGGGCGGCUACGAGCGCGGCUUCGGCAUCUUCGUGUCCAAGGUAGAGAAACGAUCAAAAGCAGAAGACGUGGGCCUAAAACGGGGUGACCAAAUUCUGGAGGUAAACGGACAAAGUUUUGAGCAUGUGAGCCAAGCCAAAGCACUGGAAAUUCUGAGAGGGACAACUCAUCUUAGCAUCACGGUCAAGUCUAACUUGUUAGCCUUCAAGGAGAUGCUGCAGACGCCGGACAACUCCCCCCGGCCCCGCGGGCGCAAGAUCUCAGAGAUCUCGCACCUGCAGCCCGACUCGUGGAUGAACCGCAUGUCGACGGUGGAGCCCGCGGGCCUGGUCACCCCUGGCCAGGCGCCCGCCACGCCCGCCAACUCGUCCCCGUGCAAGGGCGGCAAGAAGGAGGGAGGCAAGGGCUUCACCACUCUGGCUGCCAAGAGGAGGGUACAGAAGGCCCUCAUGCUGCUGGUCCGGCAGCAGAAGGUCAACAUCUUGCCCAAAAACACAAUCAAUGACAGUGCUCAGCUGGACGAAAGCUCGUUCCCAAACAUCUCCAGUAACCACACGGGUCAGACCACAACACUGCAUCACAGCCACAGCAACCCCGACCUCAUGAGCUUGUGCUACGAAGACCUGCACUCUUCAGAUUACCCCGAACAUGUUCUCAAGGUGUACAAGCCGGACCAGACGUGCAAGUACCUGCUGGUGCACAAGGAGACCACGGCACACGAGGUGGUGAUGCUGGCGCUGCAGGAGUUCGGCAUCACGGACCCCAGCUCCAACUUCUCGCUGUGCGAGGUGUCCGUGGCGGAGGGUGGCAUCAUCAAGCAGCGCCGGCUGCCCGACCAGCUGCAGAACCUGGCCGAGCGCAUCGGCCUCAGCAGCAGGUACUACCUGAAGACUAACGGCACAACGGAGACAAUGGUGUCUGACGAGUUGGCCCCGGAGCUGGUCAGGGAGAGCCAAGUUCAUUUCCUACAGUUGAAUGCCGUAGAGGUGGCAAUCCAGUUGACGCUGCAGGACUUCAGCAUCUUCAGGCAAAUAGAGAGCACGGAAUAUGUGGACGACCUCUUUGAGCUGAAGAGUCGUUAUGGCACACCAAUGCUGUCGCAGUUUGCAGAGCUUGUAAACAGAGAGAUGUUUUGGGUCGUCACAGAAGUUUGUUCAGAACACAAUCUAGUCAGGAGAUCAAAGAUCAUCAAGCAGUUUAUUAAAGUGGCAAGGCAAUGCAAAGAGUGCAAGAACUUCAACUCAAUGUUUGCGAUACUGUCUGGCCUGGGUCAUGGAGCGGUGUCUCGCCUGAGGCUGUCGUGGGAGAAGUUGCCCACCAAGUACCAGAAGCUGUUCAGCGACCUCCAGGACCUAAUGGAUCCAUCUCGCAACAUGAGCAAGUACCGGCAGCUCGUUAGCAGCGAGCAGUCUCAGCCUCCCAUCAUUCCAUUUUAUCCUAUAGUGAAGAAGGAUUUGACAUUCAUUCACUUGGGCAAUGACACUCACGUAGAGGAUCUCAUAAACUUUGAGAAGCUGCGAAUGAUUGCGAAGGAAGUGCGAGCUCUCACCAACAUGUGCUCUUCCCCUUACGACCUCCUCACUAUGCUGGAGUUGGGUGGUCAGCCACCAUCGAGUGCCAUGAAGGCGUUGAACCACCAACUGACCACCGGCACCGGUCCAGGGGGCAACCAAGGAGCGGCGACUGUUAAGCGGCGCAAGAAGUCCACGGCACAGCCCAACCCCAAGAAAAUGUUUGAGGAGGCCCAGAUGGUGCGCAGGGUGAAGGCCUACCUCAACAACAUGCGCGUGAUCGACGACGAGGACCGGCUCCACGACCUGUCGCUGGCCUGCGAGCCGUCGUGCAGCGCCCCCAACUCUGCGCCAAUCAGGAAGAGGCACCCUUCCCCCACCCUCUCGACCACCAGCAGCACCAGCAGCACCAGCGAGGGCCGGAAGGGGCCCGCCGGCACCAAGUUUGGCGCAGCGUCGCCGCAGGCCGUGCGCAAGCUGCUCGCGCUGAGCGAGACCAGCAAGACGCGGCCGCACCAGCCGCGCCACCCGCAGGCGCCCGGGCCGCCGAGACCCCUCUCCCCCUCGUCCGCGUCCCCCGGCGCCCACCGCCGCACCGCCCCGACACCGGCUGCUCCGCGGGACCACGCCCGCUCCCUGCACGAGCGCUCCCACUCGGACACGCCCGUGCUGCCGCUGGCCGGCGUGGACCUGUAUGCCGAGAGCAGCAGCGUCACGUCCCUCGGCAGCCUGCCGCUCAGGAAGACGCUCACCUCGGGGUCUGUGACGUCGAGUGACUCAGGCCACUCGACCCAGCUGGACUCCCACUCCAGCAGCUCGGCGGAGGUGGGGCAGCCGGGGGGCUCCCCGCCGUCCUCCCAGCACCGCCGCCACUCGGCCAUGCAGGUACCCUCACAUUCUUCCUCUAGCAAGCUUUGGGCUCGACCUCCUCCCUUCCCGCACGCCGUGGCAGUGCUGCCACCUAUCCCACCCUACGGCUGCAUGCCGCCCCCCCGCGAGGUGCCCCCGCGGCCCAGGCACCCUCCCGCGUACAACGUAGCAGCCCAGAGAGCGCGGCUACAGAGGCUGGGCAGGGCCCACUCCCAUGAGGGGGUCACAGGUGGCUACUACCACACAGAUCCUGAGGAAGAUGGUCCAUCGAAACAAAUUACGAUCCUGGGGACCAUUAAUUAG